CCGCCCCUGCCCGGGCUGGGACACGUCGCCGGGAAGCGGCCGCAGCAGCCUCGACCGGCGCCCGCCGCGGGGAGCCCCGCAGCUUACCAGGCAGUUUUGCCUUUGCUAUGAGAAUUCAAGAUGGAUCUGGAAGAGCAGGAAUUGUUUAGUGAUUACAGAUACAGAAAUUAUUCUUCAGCAAUUGAAAAAGCUUUGAGGAACUUUGAAUCUUCCAGUGAAUGGGCAGAUCUCAUCUCUUCGCUUGGAAAGCUCAACAAGGCUCUUCAGAGUAACCUGAAAUACUCUCUCUUGCCAAGGCGUUUGAUUAUCAGUAAGCGAUUAUCUCAGUGUUUACAUCCAGCUUUACCUAGUGGAGUACAUUUAAAGGCACUAGAAACAUAUGAAAUAAUCUUUAAAAUUAUUGGGACAAAAUGGCUUGCCAAAGACUUGUUCCUGUACAGCUCAGGCUUGUUUCCCCUGUUGGCAAAUGCAGCAAUGUCAGUGAGACCCGUUCUUCUUGGUCUGUAUGAAAAGUAUUUUCUUCCUCUGCAAAGGUCCCUGUUGCCAAGUCUUCAAGCCUUUAUAACUGGACUACUGCCUGGAUUGGAGGAGGGCUCAGAAAUUUAUGACAGGACUGAUGCUUUGCUGGUGAAGCUGUCUUUAUUAAUAGGAAAAGAAAUGUUUUAUGCUGCUCUCUGGGGCAGUGUCCUGGCCAGCCCUUCAGUAAGGCUACCGGCUUCUCUCUUUGUUGUCAAUCAUAUCAACAGAGAGUUGUCUGGAAAACAGCAGAAGUACAUGCUGGGGACUGAUUAUAAGCUCACAGUAAAAGCAUUGUGUGUGGCAGUAUUGGAUUCAAAUGUUCUUGUGCAAAGAAACACGUUAGAAGUGGUUCUCUUCUUUUUCCCAUUUUAUACUUCUUUGGACUGCAAUGAAAGUGCUGUUCCACUGCUCAGGUCUGACAUAGUUCAUAUCCUAUCAGCAGCUACUCACACACUCUUGAGAAGAGACAUGUCCCUAAAUAGAAGAUUAUACGCAUGGUUAUUAGGCUCUGAUAUUAAAGGAGGUACUUUUGCUCCAGAUUCCACAGCUUCUGAAGAUCAUGCCAUCUAUUUCUUUGGGAAAUACUCCAAAGAUCUUUUAGUUGAGAGUUUGACUGAAAUACUGCAUCAGAAGUUUUCAGAGUCUGACUUAGAAGAACGGUAUCAAGCAUAUCUCAAACCUUUCCGGAUUCUGCUCAGUCUCCUUGAUAAACCUGAAAUAGGGCCACCAGUUGUUGGGGAUUUGUUCCUUGAAGUGAUUAGAGCCUUUUAUUCCUAUUGCAAGGAUGCAUUGGGUUCUGACCUUAAACUUAGCUACAGUCAAAGUGGCAACAUACUUACAAGUUCAAUCAAAGAGAAUAAAAAUGCCUCAGAAAUUGUUAAAACAGUCAAUUUGUUGAUCACAUCCUUAAGUACAGAUUUUCUAUGGGAUUACAUGACCAGAUGUUUUGAAGACUGCUUCAGAAAUAAAUCCAUGCAGAUGAAAUACCCUACUGAGAAUGUUAGCUGUCCUCCUACGAUUUCAGAACUCUGCACACUACUGGUGUUUCUUCUUGAUGUGAUUCCUUUGGAGCUUUACUCUGAAGUGCAGACUCAGUAUCUACCACAGAUGCUCAGUUAUAUGGUGCAGUCUCUUCUAGAGAACACGGACACCCUAAGUUUACCAGAACUCACUCAUGCCUUAAAGACCUGUUUUAAAGUACUUAGCAAAGUACAGAUGCCCCCAUCAUACUUGGACAUGGAGACUGGAAGUGGAAACACGAGCCCAGUAAAGAAAGAAGGUGGUAGCAUAACUUUAGAAACUAAGCCCGCACUACAGGAUGAUGAUGAUGAUACUCCUUUCCCUCCACUCAAAUCAGAAGACAGUGGCAUAGGUCUAAGUGCCUCCUCCCCAGAGCUCUCUCAGCACUUAGGAAUGCCAGGUGUGACUGUUGAGAGAGAUGACGUCUGGAAAAAGGGGGGAAGCAUUCAGAAAACUUUGAACUGUAUCCAAGAGCUGGUUGCUAAGUUUGCUAGUAAAUAUAUUUUUGGAAUGCAUUUACAAGUGCCUGGCAAUGGAAGCAUUUCAACAGCGACCCGGACUGGUGAAGAAGGGAAAGAAAACAAGGAUGGAGUUUCUGAAAGUUCCAGCAAGAAGAAGAAUUCAUGGGAAGCCAAGCAAAUUACUGUGCCGCAGUUUAAACAAAUGCUUUCAGACUUGUUCACAGUUCGAGGGUCACCAUUUAAACAGAAAAAUCUGGAGCCACUUUCCCUUUCAGACUGUGACCUCGGUAGUAAGAAAGUAAAAGAGGAAGAAGAAUGGGACAUUGAGCAGGUAAUGCUUGACUUGAGAGACAUUAAAGAAGAGUGCAGAGAAGCUUUUGCUGCUGCUUGUCACCUUUUACUGGACUGCACCACAUUUCCAGUCUAUCUUUCUGAGGAGGAAACUGAACAAUUGUAUUUCUCUGUCUUUCAAGUUCCUGGAGGUGGCGAUGCCAGCUUCCCAUUAUGGCUUAAAUCCCUAAUGACGAUAUGCUGCUGUGUGAAAGACUGCUAUGUGCAGAACGUGUCCAUCUCUACACUACUAGAAGUGAUCAACCAUUCACAGUCACUGGCACUUGUGAUUGAAGACAGAAUGAAGCGGUAUAAAAUCUCUCGCCACAACCCCUUCUUUGGGAGAUUGCAGAUGGUUACGGUUCCUCCCAUUGCUCCCGGGGUUCUAAAGCUAAUUUCGGAGAAAACAGACUUCUAUCAGAGAGUAGCUCAAGUGCUUUGGAAUCAGUUAAACAAAGAGACAAGAGAGCAUCACAUUACCUGUGUGGAGCUAUUCUACAGACUGCACUGUUUGGCUCCAUCAGCUAAUAUUUGUGAAGACAUCAUCUGCCAUGCAUUACUGGAUCACAAUAAAGGGACAAGGCUGGAGGCACUCUUCAGAUUCUCUAUCAUAUGGCAUUUGACCAGAGAAAUCCAAGGCAGCAGAGUCACUUCCCACAAUCGAUCCUUUGAUAGGUCUCUGUUUGUGGUACUGGACAGUUUAAAUUGUUCAGAUGGUGCAAUAGGUGCUGCAGCACAGGGCUGGCUGGUACGUGCCCUCUCACUUCAUGACGUUGCACGAAUUCUUGAACCAGUACUGUUACUUCUGCUUCAUCCAAAGACCCAGCGUACUUCCAUCCACUAUGUCAAACAGAAAAGUACAGCAGAAGACUUGCUUUAUUGGUUCAGCAAGAAAAAAGCCUCUUUCAAAGAGCCCUUUGGAGCCUCUGAAUUCCAUGAAAGCAAUUCUGAAGAAAGCCUACCAUUGAGCCGGUUUACAACAGUAGACAGGGAAGCUAUCUGGGCUGAAGUGGAAAAAGAGCCAGAGAAAACUCAGCCAAAAAUUGAGCUAUCUGAAAAUGAUCUGUGUUGCUAUACAGAAUUCCCACUAGAUACAGAUGGUGAUCGUGAGAAUAGUGAAAAUACAGAAUCAGCAGAUACUAGCACUGGACCUGUUGAUAGUGAAAAUACCUCAUCUUUUUCUGCUUCUCUGGAUCCACAAGAAUUGAGCAAUGAGGAAAACCACAGUACUGCAAUAGACUGCAAAGAGAACCCGAAACAUGUUAAUUCAUCUAAUAUGUGCGUUCCUGAUGGCUCCAUACCUAGUACUAUGUUAAAUCUUGUGCGUGCAGAUUCUGAGAAAACUCAAGCAUCAGAAUCUCUAUCAAGUGAUGAUGAGGCCGACUUGGAACUUCAAGAUAUUACAACUUCUAGGUUGCUGAAGCAGCGGAAGGAAAAACGAAAGAUGAUAGAGGCUUUAUUCAAACAUAUUCUUUUGUAUUUGCAGCCUUAUGAUUCAAAGAGGGUUUUAUAUGCCUUCUCUGUAUUGGAGGCAGUGCUCAAAACAAACCCCAAAGAAUUCAUUGAAGCUGUAGCAAGUACUAGCAUGGAUACCAGCUCCACAGCUCACCUGAAUCUCAUCUGUAAUCUUCUGGCUCGUCACCAGGAAUCUCUUGUGGGACAGAGCUUUUAUGGUAAACUCCAAACUCAGUCUCCAACCAUGUGUCCCCAUUCUUUAUUAAUAGAGUUGCUGACUUACCUCUGCUUGAGUUUUCUUCGUUCUUACUAUCCCUGUUACCUGAAGGUAACCCACAAAGAUGUGCUUGGCAACAGAGAUGUCCAAGUUAAAAGUGUGGAAGUCUUGAUCAGAAUGACAACACAGCUGUCUACAAUGGCAAAGUCAGCAGAAAGUAAAAAUAUAGAGUUUAUACGCAAUUUGCUUGGGAGGUGCAAAAUGCAAGAGUUUGUUCUUCUUUCUUUGUCUGCUUCUAUGUACACAAGUCAAAAACGGUAUGAAUUUAUGAUAUCUGACAAAAAUAGCAGUGUUAUUGAAGACAGCCUCUUUGAAGAAAGUCUAAUCAAUUUUGGGCAGGAUCAGAUUUGGAGUGAACAUCCACUUCAGAUUGAGUUGCUGAAGCUUUUGCAAGUAUUGAUUGUCCUGGAGCACCAUGUUGGACAGUCUCAUGAGGAACAGGAGAACCAGCCAGACCUUUCCAAGGAAUGGCAGCAGGCGCUGAACUUUCAGCAGGCUAUUGGUGCAAUACAAUAUGUAUAUCCACACCCUAUAACUUCACAAGGACUAUUUGUCUCUGCCGUGGUUAGAGGUUUGCAGCCAGAGUAUGGCUAUGGAAUGCACCCACCUUGGGUUAGCUUAGUCACAUGUUCUUUACCAUACUUUGGGAAGUCUUUAGGCUGGACUGUGGCACCAUUUAUAGUACAAAUAUGUAAAAACCUGGAUGAACUUGUUAAACAGUAUGAAAAUGAAUCUGUGAAGAUGUCUACAAGGAAUUCUGAGAGGGAGAAUAUUACACCAGACUAUCCUCUAACGCUUUUGGAAGGCCUAACAACCAUUGGUCACUUUUGCCUUUUGGACCAUCCUAACCAGGCCAAAAAGUCACCAUCUGUAGCUGAACCUACAAACCUGAGAAAUGCCAGGAAUGCCAUUUUGGAAGAACUGCCUCGCAUUGUUAAUACUAUGUCUCUCCUUUGGAGUGUUUUAAAAAAGGAAGACUGUCAAAGAAGACCAUCUGACUUCUUUGGAGCAACUAAAGGCUCUUCAGUUUACUUCAAAGCAGCUAAAGCAAUAAAGAAUAAAAUACUAGAAUUUUUGAAUCCGUUGACAGCACAACUAGGAGUCCAGUUGAUGGCAGCAGUGGCAGCAGUAUGGAAUAGUAAAAAAACUCACAAGAGUCAAAGUAAAGUAAAGAUUCUGCCACUGGCUAGUGUGUCACAGCUUAUUCUUGUGGACUUAGUAUGUGCACUUAAUACCCUGAAGUUUGACACUAUAUUACAGCUGGUAAAAGAAGUGGUCAAGAAACCAUCCCAAAUAAGAGGCGAAGAGAAAACUUCCCUAGUGGAUAUCCCAGUACUGCAGUUCUGUUAUGCUUUCAUUCAGAGAUUUCCUGCCCCGGCCUUGCAGGAGAACUUUCAGUCAGUAUUAGCACUGCUGAAGGAAUCUGUUCAAUUGAACUUGGCUCCCCCUGGAUAUUUCCUGCUUCUCAGUACCCUAAAUGACUUUGUGACCAGAACACCUACCCUAGAAAACAAAAAGGAUCAAAAAGACCUGCAGGAGGUCACCCAAAAAAUCUUAGAAGCUGUGGGGAACAUUGCUGGUUCCUCUCUGGAACAGACGAGCUGGCUAAGCCGGAAUCUGGAAGUAAAAGCACAGCCUCAGAUCUCUUUAGACGAAUCCCAGGUUGAAGAUACUUGUGAUACUUCAAUAGCUCCAUCUUCAAUGGUCUCUGCCUCUGCCCCUUCAAUAUACAGUGUUCAAGCUCUCUCUCUCCUUGCAGAGGUUUUGGCUUCUCUCUUGGACAUGGUUUAUCGUAGUGAUGAGAAAGAGAAAGCUGUGCCACUGAUCUCACGUUUGCUCUAUUAUGUGUUUCCGUAUUUACGCAAUCACAGUGCCUACAACAUUCCUAGUUUUCGUGCGGGUGCCCAGUUGCUCAGCUCACUAAGUGGAUAUGCCUACACUAAACGAGCCUGGAAAAAAGAAGUUCUGGAGUUAUAUAUGGACCCAGCUUUCUUCCAAAUGGACAGUUCGUGCAUCCACUGGAGAUCCAUUAUUGAUCAUCUUCUAACACAUGAGAAAACCAUGUUUAAAGAUUUAAUGAACAUGCAGAGCAGUUCUUUAAAACUGUUCCCAAGUUUUGAGCAAAAAGCAAUGCUGUUAAAGCGUCAGGCUUUUGCUGUCUUCAGUGGAGAGAUUGAUCAGUAUCACCUUUAUCUUCCAUUGAUACAAGAACGACUGACAGAAAACCUGCGUGUGGGACAGACUUCUGUAGUUGCUGCCCAGAUGUUUCUCUUUUUCAGAGUUCUGUUGCUAAGAAUUUCUCCACAGCAUUUAACUUCUUUAUGGCCAAUUAUGGUGACUGAAUUGAUUCAGACAUUUAUACAGCUGGAAGAUGACUUAACUGAGGAGGAUGAACCACCAAAUAGGAGCAACAGCAAAGUAAGCAGACAGAAAGCUUCAGGUGAUGGCAGUGGCCUUUUAAUUGCUGACAUCCAGCAGAAUGAGCUGUUCUUGUAUUUAUCAGCUUGUAAGUUCUUGGACACAGCACUUUCUUUUCCACCUGACAAGAUGCAGUUAUUUCAAAUGUACAGAUGGGCCUUUGUCCCAGAAGUGGACACAGAGGCUUGCAGUAUGACUUCGCAUCUAAUAGAAAAUCACCAGGAAUGUAAACCACACAUCAUUAGAAUCAUGGACUUGUUAAAGAUGAAAUAUGGGGAAACAAACAAUGCUGAUGAGAGAACUUCAAAAAAAUCUGAGUUUCCUCUUUUGAACCUUCGUUCUGUAUCCAGUAUCACACAACUAAUGCCCUUCUUCAGGACUCUGAGCUCUGCAUUUAAAACAAAAGGUGAUGGGUCCCCAAAAAUGCAGAGUUCAAUGUAUUUAUCAGUCAAAUAUCCUGCUGGUAGUGGCACAAGGAUCUUGAAGCAACUUGAAGAAAGUGUUGAAUGUGACUUUUUGGAAACUCUAGAGAGCUAAGUCGUCUGUUAAACAAUAUGUGUUGAAUAAGUAGUAAAACUAAGGGAGAACUGUAAUAUGAAUAAGGGCGAGAUGUAAUUGCUGUAAGGACGCUUGUUACUCAUUUCUUUUCCCCAGUUUUGAAACUGUAUGUCAGCUUUUUUUUCCUCUUUCCCUGCCUUUAUGGAUAUGAAGUAAAUAAUUCUUAAUUUGGGUUUCUCAGUUUGUCUUGAACAGCAAGGACUUAUGCUUAACAUUUAUGGCAACAAAGUGUGCCUGUACACAAGCGUGGAGGUUGCUCCGAUGCAGUGUAAUUCCAGCAUGUUGGAGCAGACUCGAUGAAUCAAAUCUGCUGGAGCAUGGAAAUUACUGUGCUCCAGGAGCCUCCUGUGUUUUGUGUAUUAGCAUCCCCGUGCUUCAAAACAGCAGCAGGGGCACUUGAAAUAAAACUUGUUUGAGGAGCUCUUCUGUCAAGCUUUAGUUCAAGUGCCCCUGCCACCAUUCUGAAGCAGGGAUAUGCUGAUACAAAAGAUGCUAUAGCACUUUAAUGAGAGUGGCUCUCAGAGCCACUCUCAUUAAAGUGGUGCCCCUUCCACCCCCAGAGCAUGUGUAAUAGCACCCAAAGGGCAUAAUUUGGUUACCAAGAGAAGUCACCACUAUUCUCCUUUUCUUUCUGACAUCAGGAACUGAAGAAAACUUUGUAUAAACAAAGCAGCAAAGUUUUUGAUUCAUUAAUGAACGUGACAGAUUUUUUUAUUCAUCUAAAAAGUUGCAAUGCAAGUAUUUUAAUCUGCUUUAUAGAACCAUUCUUCUAUCUCCUAAAGGUAAAAGCAAGAAGUUUGUAUGAAUGUCCAAACUGAUAUUGCAUAUUAGUGGAGAGUCAGUUUGCAUACACUUUCCUGAAGCUUAAGUUCUACUUCUUGUGCUAUCUUCUGUAACUCUGGCCCAAACAUUUGCAAAUCCAAGGAGUAAGUUAAAUAUCAACAGGUGGUUUUUUUCAGAUUGAGCAAUCUUUUAUUUUGUUGUAAAUAAAAUUGCAGAUCUAUUGUAUUUAGAAUCUCAAAUCUAUAUUAUAGUAAUCUGUUGUUGCAAGAUCAGUGAUUAUAUAGUGAGAAAAGAGACCUAGGCAAUAACAUUUUGUAAUUUACACCGCUUGAAUUUUUGACUGCAAAUUACUUAAUCAUUCAAAACUGGUCAUUCUUCCAAAAAGAAAGAAUGUUUUGUUCAGCUAUUCUUUCAGUGACUAAAGCCACCUUACAGCCUUUGAACAGUAAGUUAAUGAAGAUAGCCCAUGUAAAAAUUGUAUGUUACCCUAUAUAAGGUACUUACAAAUCAAAAGCAAAUAUGUGUUAUGUAGUUUUUUUAAAUUCUUGGUACAGGUAAUUUUUUUGCUGUUUCGUGGCACUAGAGAUGGGAGUGUUUCAAUUCAUAGUGCUGUGACUGAAAGGUUCAAGAGCAACCUCUGGGACUGUGCUGGCAAAGCAGUUCUGAUGAAUUUAGGAAAGUGGGGAAAUAGGUUGAUUGAUUGAUUCCUUCCCUGAAGUACAUGGCUAAAUGUCUUGAACUACCUAACAGGAUGCAUUUACUUACAGUCAGAUAGAUAAUUAACCUCAUAAUGGCAGCCACUGCUAGAGAAUUACUAGAACAUUUCUUCAAAAGCAAACAUUCUUGAGUUUUCAAACUGCCUAUAAGUCCCAGAAAGUACAAAUAAUUAUGUAGGUUGAAUUAUUUUGAGGUACUUUUAUGUUUGGGGUGUUUGUAUACGUUCCAUGUUUGUCAGGGUGAAAGAUGUGCGCUUGGCUACUGCUACCAGUGUUAAUUGAGACUGUCAUUGCUAAACUAGGCCUGUCAAGACAACAGUCCUGUUUUAACCAAAGGGGGGGGG